AUGGAAGAUGAAGGUUUGCCGUGGAGCAGUCCGAAGAAAGUUUCAGACAGAUUUGCGAAAAACGGGGAGGAUAUGCUUGAAGUACUUGUCAAUGACAUAGACCGCUAUGAACAAUUAAGUAAUAGAGAAGAGUUGUUGGCAUUAGCCAGCGCUCUAGCCGGUAGAGGUGUUAUUCUCGAGGAGGUCCCCCUUGACCAUGUUGACUCUGUGGUCAAUCUUGAGCAAUGUGAUGCCGCCAUACAUGUACAAAACCCUGAAGAUUUACUCCAAAAUAAUCCAAAUGAGGUGAAUGAUGGUAGAUAUAAAGCUGUUACGAUUAGUGACACUGAACAAUUUAUUCUUGCUAACAGAAAUGCUAAUACUUGCACCAAAACUAAAUCAGAUUUGAAAAUGUUUUAUGAGUGGGCUCUAUCCAAUGGCGAGAUGCGGAUGGUUGAAGACGUACCUUUUCCAGAGCUUGACGGGCUGCUCGCAAGGUUUUAUCUAGGUGUACGACGACGUGAUGGAGAAGAAUAUGAACCUGAUACAUUGUCAGGAGUUAAGAACAGCAUUGAUCGCCACCUAAAAGACUUAAAGAUAAAUGUCGAUAUUAAAAAACAUGAAGCAUUUAGUCACUCUAGGAGAGUUCUAGAAGCUAAAAGGAAAGAUCUAAAAUCUCAAGGAAAAGGAAACAAAAAAAACAGGGCUGAACCAUUGGAUUCUGAUGAAAUUCAAAAAUUGUACGAAAAACAAAUUCUAGGUGCAGCCAAUCCAAAUGCGUUACUGAACACAGUGUGGCUAAAUAAUGGAGUGCAUUAUGGCUUUAGAGGAAGACAAGAAUACACAAACUUAAGAUUAGGAGAUUUAAAGUUGCUUAAAGAUGGUUCUGGAACAGAGUAUGUUGAAUUCUAUGAACGCACCACGAAAACAAGAACUGGGGCAAAAUCAGGAGAUGUCAGAGAUGUCACUCCAAAAAUGUUUGCUUAACCUAACAGUGACUAUUGUCCAGUUAAAUUGUUUAAGUUUUAUGUUUC